CAGCACUUCACAGAGGGAGUCAGAGCGGCAGGCUUGAGCCCUUGGCUGUUGGGGGUGGGUGGACUGACUCAUUUGGCCCCCUCCCUGGUGCCGAUGGGGCAGCCCCCACACCCCUGGGCGCUGGCACCCCGUCAGGCCCCAGGGUUUUGGAAAAGGAAGGCUGCAGCCCCGCGGCGCCUGACCCGGGCCGGCUGAGGAUGCGCCCUGCGCGCAGGGACCCGCCGGCCCCCGAGCCGGGAGGAGAUGUUUAGGCAGCGACCCCCCAGAGCAGGCUCGCUCCCGCGGCAGCCUGCUGGGGCCACCCUGGCCGCGGGCCCGCCGGGACGCCCCUGCUGGCGGCGCCCCUCCCCGGGCCGUGGCGCGUCCCCCGAGUCUCGCAGUAUUUCCUUCCUGCACCUUUAAGAAGACCGUUGCUCCGUGGUGGGAUGGUGUGUUAAAGCCACACAGAGGAAGUUACGCAGCCCGGAUCAGACCGAGAGAUAAAAGCCCCGAUGGUGAUCGUGAGAGAUGGCAAGAGGAUUUAGCCCCGGCAUUAACUUGGAGCGGAGUGCAGGGGGGCGGUGAAGCGCCCCGCCAUCUGGCCCGCGCCGCGCCGCGGGGGGGAUGCCCCGGCGCCCCGACGAGCCGCCGCGAAGCCCACCCGGGCCGGGGGCUGCCCGGUGCCCGCGCGCCGGUCCUCUCCGAGCCGCCCAGGGGGCCCAAAAAGUUUGCACUUGUUAGAGGCGACCUCCCGCUCGGCCCGGGGUGGGCGAUGCGGGCGGCGCGGGCGGCCCCCUCCCCCGGCCCGCGUCUCCGGGACGGCUGCGGGCGGCCCCCCCGGCGGCCGGAGGGCGCCCCAGCCCCGAUCUGACGGCCGCGGCGGCGGCGGCCACAGCGGCGAGCGGGAGCGGCGCGCGGAGGAGCAGCGGCUCGCCGCCCUCCGGCCCGCGCCCCCACCCAGCGCCGGCGAGGGCAGGCGGAGCGCCCGCGGGCGGCGGUCCUCGGCCUCCCGGGUCCGCGCUCCGGGAAGCUGCUCCGAGCCGGGGUGUUGUUGCUAAUGAGCUCUCUUCCUCCCCUCUUACAAUGAAAGACAAGCCAGCCCCCGGGUACCUGGAUGGAUUGAGAGCCGAAGUGUCAGAAACUUCAUAAUAAGUUGCUGAUGGCUACCAGCCAAGGUCAGCUGGCCCCCAUUAGUGCCUGUCCCCACAAAGCAGAGCCAAAUAAGCUUCUCCCCAGUUAAGAACCUCAGUCACUUUUUUAUGUGGCGGUUCAGCCACACAAUUGUUGUCACUUUAAGCCCAUGUGAAAAGAAAUCUCUUCUAUUGGUCUGAGAUGCCAGUCCAGUCCCACAGAGGGAACACGGUUCCAGCUAACACGUACACCUCCUGAUUUUAUUUUAUCUUUACAACGCAGGCUGGAGGGUUGUUCUGCAGUUCUGUUGAGCACAUCACACAUUUAAGGGCCCUUUAAAGACCUGGAUUGAUUGGAAGGACAAAAAUUAAAAGCAAUCUGAUCCGGCCUCGUGCCAGAUCCCUGAGGAUUUGCUCCCUAUCCCAUUUCCACCCACUGUCACAAUUCGAGAGCCUGCCUGAUUUGAUCAGAUUCGCCUCUGGGAGAGGUGUAAUGCCAAGGUUAGGAGGACGCGAAGUUACGGGCAACUUUCUGAUUUGCCCAUCAGCAGUCUGAGAAACGCUGGCUCUGAGUUUUCCAAAUCGGCCUUUGGGAAGAAACAAGUUCCUCGCUCUUCGCAAGCCGGCACUGCUCCGGUCCCUGGGACAUCCAGCCACCGGUGCCUGGUAGAUGUGGCACUUCCAUGCUGAGGCCGAGAGUCCCGCCUGACCCAGUCACUGCCUCUCCAGGGCCUGUCUGGGCCACGCCCCUGCGGACUGCGCAGCCAUGCUGCCCCUGCUCGCACUUUUCCUGCACUGCCUCCCACUGGCCUCGGGGGACUACGACAUCUGCAAAUCCUGGGUGACCACGGACGAGGGCCCCACCUGGGAGUUCUACGCCUGCCAGCCCAAGGUGAUGCGGCUGAAGGACUACGUCAAAGUGAAGGUGGAGCCCUCUGGCAUCACGUGCGGAGACCCCCCUGAGAGGUUCUGCUCCCACGAGAACCCAUACCUGUGUAGCAACGAGUGCGACGCCUCCAACCCCGACCUGGCCCACCCGCCCCGGCUCAUGUUCGACAGGGAGGAUGAGGGCCUGGCCACGUACUGGCAGAGUGUCACCUGGAGCCGCUACCCCAGCCCGCUGGAAGCCAACAUCACCCUCUCGUGGAACAAGAGCGUGGAGCUGACCGACGAUGUGGUGGUGACCUUCGAGUACGGCCGGCCCACAGUCAUGGUCCUGGAGAAGUCCCUGGACAACGGGCGCACGUGGCAGCCCUACCAGUUCUACGCCGAGGACUGCAUGGAGGCCUUCGGCAUGGUGGCGCGCCGCGCCCGCGACCUGUCAUCCUCGGGUGCCCACCGCGUGCUGUGCACCGAGGAGUACUCGCGCUGGGCCGGCUCCAAGAAGGAGAAGCACGUGCGCUUCGAGGUGCGGGACCGCCUGGCCAUCUUCGCCGGCCCCGACCUGCGCAACAUGGGCAACCUCUACACGCGGCUGGAGAGCGCCAAGGGCCUCAAGGAGUUCUUCACCCUCACGGACCUGCGCAUGCGGCUGCUGCGCCCGGCGCUGGGGGGCACAUAUGUGCAGCGGGAGAACCUCUACAAGUACUUCUAUGCCAUCUCCAACAUCGAGGUCAUUGGCAGGUGCAAGUGCAACCUGCACGCUAACCUGUGCUCCGUGCGGGAGGGCAGCCUGCAGUGCGAGUGUGAGCAUAACACCACCGGCCCCGACUGCGGCAAGUGCAAGAGGAACUUCCGCACCCGGUCCUGGCGCGCCGGCUCCUACCUGCCGCUGCCCCACGGCUCUCCCAACGCGUGUGCUGCUGCAGGCUCUGCUGUUGGCAGCAUCGGUAGGCCCUGGAAAGACCCUGUCCCCAGAGCCCCUGUGGCCACUGUGGCCCUGAGAGGGGACCCCAGCACUCCCGCCCCCUCUACUUCCACCGGGCGGGCCCCAAUGGCCCCCAGCACCCCACAGCCCACAGCUGUGGGCACCUCCGCCGCUGCCCCUGCCCCGGCCUCCAAACCUUUCCAGCUCAAGCCCAAAUCAGCUCAAGUGGUGCCCAUUGAAGAGUUCCAAGACUGUGAGUGCUAUGGCCACUCCAACCGCUGCAGCUACAUCGACUUCCUCAACGUGGUGACCUGUGUCAGCUGCAAACACAACACGCGAGGCCAGCACUGCCAGCACUGCCGUCUGGGCUACUACCGCAACGGCUCUGCCGAGCUGGACGACGAGAACGUGUGCAUCGAGUGUAACUGCAACCAGAUCGGCUCCGUGCACGACCGGUGCAACGAGACCGGCUUCUGCGAGUGCCGCGAGGGCGCAGCGGGACCCAAGUGCGACGACUGCCUCCCCACGCACUAUUGGCGCCAGGGCUGCUACCCCAACGUGUGCGACGACGACCAGCUGCUCUGCCAGAACGGCGGCACGUGCGUGCAGAACCAGCGCUGCGCCUGCCCGAGCGGCUACACCGGCGUGCGCUGCGAGCAGCCCCGCUGCGACCCCGCCGCGGACGACCGCGGCCUGGACUGCGACCGCGCGCCCGGGGCCGCCCCGCGCCCCGCCACCCUGCUCGGCUGCCUGCUGCUGCUGGGGCUGGCCGCCCGCCUGGGCUGCUGAGCCCCGCCCGGACGACCCCGCGCCCGGGGAGCCGGGGGCGGGGGGGUGGGGCUCGGGCCUUCGGGGGCCCCGGCGUCCGAGGCCGGGCGGCGAGAAGGGUGCGGCCCGAGCUGCUCCCAGGUGCUACUCAGCAGAGUCCUCCCGCCCGCCCGCCCGCCCGCGCCGCGCCGCGCCCUGCGGCCCCCGCCCCGCCCCGGCAGUGCCCGCCGCCGCCGCAGGGGGCGCGGUGCGGCGCUGGCCCUGCUGCCUGUGAUUUGGGUCUUAGUUUUUCUUUUCUAUUACCUGCCGCCCCCCACCUUUUUUUUUUUUUUUUUUUUUUUUUUUUUUGCUGGCGGUGAGACGGGGGUGGGGAGAAACGCUGCUCACCUCGACACCUCCAGGUCCCGCCUCCCAACACACACACACACUCACACACACUCGCGCGCGCGACUGUUGCGGACACCCCCUGCGCCUGUCCCUGGCUUGCCACCGGCCAGCGGACGGGAGGUCCAGUUGCCUACAACUCUUCUUUGUUUUCCUUUGCAACCCACCAGACUCCGUGAGGCCUGGUGACCAAGGAACUCACCGUCUGGGGGAGGGAGUUAGGAAGGAGGGUUGGGAGGGCUGGAAACUUUGUUUCGUAGAGAACUAUUUUUGUUUGUAUUAACUGUCCCCUGUAAGGAGGACUGAGCCGCUGCCGGUGGUUGAUGGUGUGUAAUCCGACCGAGUAAAGAGUCUGCUCACUGCUG